UACUAGCUAGGGUAACAUAGAGGUAGAGGGAAGCUGUGAACUUAGUGUUAAAAUACGGUGCGUGUUAAGCUUUCUAAUUACAGCUUACAUAAACAUCUUUUAUAAUCUUUUCAGGCCUGACGAGAGUUUUCUGUUGCGAGUUAACUUUUAGUUUCUGCCGAUGACUUUAAAAGAAACGUGUCAUUUGUUUGCAUUUGUCAGUUUGUUAAAUGACAUGUAGAGUAACGCUCACUCAAAAGGACAGUUUCUUUGACUGUGAACAGAAAGCUGUUUUUAAAAAACUUUUUUUUACAUGAAUAAUAGUCGUGAAGAUCGACGCUUUAGUUCUCCCUUAUCAGCAUGUCUUACUUGGAGUGGGCUGAGUCUCAGCUUGCGGAGAUAGAGCUGCUGACCAGCAUGUUUCCCACCCGGGAGGAGCUGGAGCUCACAGACCAGCUGGCACUAGCUGAGCUGAGGGACUAUGUGGAGGGCUGAGCUUCAGCAGACACCCCUCCUCCCUCCAGACCACAGUUUCUCAUCAAACAGAAGGUGGACACUGCGAGCAUGGCGAUGACGGAUGUCAUUCUGUCUUGUGCUUAUCCAUCUGAAUAUCCCAGUGUAUUACCAGAGAUCACAGUCAGGUGUGCUGUUCUCAGCAGGGCACAGCAGACACAGCUCCACGCAGAUCUCAAUGCAUACCUUAUGGAAAACUGCCAGGGGGAGGUAUGUGUGCUCUCUGCUGUGGACUGGGUGAAAGACAACCUGCAGCUCUUCAUUAAUAAAAGCUUAUCAGCAGCACCAGCUCCUAAGAAAGAGUCUUCUUCUCCACGGCCAGAGGAAGUGUUCAGCCGACUGUGGAUCUACAGUCACCACAUUUACAACAAGACAAAGAGGAAGAAUAUUUUGGAGUGGUCCAAGGAGCUGGGCCUGUCUGGAUUUAGCAUGCCAGGGAAGCCCGGUAUUGUGUGUGUGGAAGGCCCUCAGUCUGCCUGUGAGGAGUUCUGGUCCAGAGUGAAGGUUCUGACAUGGAAGAAGAUCAUGAUUCGACAUAGAGAGGAUAUUCCCCUUGAUCAUCAGGGCGAGGACAGCAGGACUGUUGAAAGUAUAGACUCUCUGCGCAAAUUCACAGGCUUUGAAGAAGCAAUGUUUGACCCCCAUGGGAACAGAGGUAAUCACAUGGACCUUGGGCAGCUCUACCAGUUUUUAAAUGAGAAAGGCUGUUGUGAGGUCUUUCAGAUAUAUUUUGGCAUUGAAGGGAGGUAGUGGUCAGAGCUACAGAGUGCCUUGUCAAUGAAAUAAAUUCGCCCAAAAAUGAGUCUUGUGCAUUCAUUUCUGUUUCAGUUGUUUUCUUUGUUACACAUGCAAGCACACAAAUGGAUUGUGGGCGCAUGGCCACAUGUGCCUGAUAAACUGAAAUAAAUGAACCACCUUUUUAUGGAAGUUG